AUGAUGAAUUGGUUGAUAUCAAAAAACGCAGAUAUCAUUAUGCCAGAUUGAAGCGGAAGGUCGUAUUAAUUCAAAAGAAAUACGCCAAUCAGCCACAAAAGAAAAUACUCCUGCUACUACGAUUUGUGAAACGAUUCACAAAAUUGAUGAAGUUACGACACUGCAUAAGGAGACACGUGUUCACUCAACAAAAUGGAGACCUAUGUAUCCUGCGACAUCAUACACCAAAAGACGAAGCAAAUGAAGUAUCGGUUUAUAUGUGUUCUCAAAGCAGUAGAACUAUACAAAACAAUCUUCAACAUACAGGUCAUAAUACAACAAGUUGGAAUUUUGGACCUCCUACAAACACCUGCCAAUAUUGUGGUGCCAUUUUAUGGUAUGAAGAACGGACAAAAAAAACUAAACAGACAACACGGCCAAAAUUCUCAUUUUGUUGUAUGGAAGGCCGUGUAAGACUACCGUUAAUGAGCCAACCCCCGCCCUAUCUCAAAUAUCUUUUAAGCACAGAUUCUGGACAACUUGGUAUCAGUUUUCGAAAAAAUAUCAGAGUUUAUAACUCUAUGUUCGCAUUUACAUCUAUGGGAGGCCGAGUUGACAGAAGCAUCAAUCGUUCAAAGGGCCCAUAUGUUUUCAGGAUGAGUGGUCAAAAUUAUCAUCACAUUGGCUCUCUGUUGCCGGAAAGUGGGAAAAAACCACAGUUUGCCCAGCUCUAUAUAUAUGAUACUGAAAAUGAGAUACAUAACAGAAUGAAUAGUCUGCUCCAUGAAGAAGUUGAUCCUAAAAUUGUUCAGGGCUUAUCUGAAAUGCUGGACGAGCAUAAUAUUUUGGCAAAAAAAUUUCGAAUGGCAAGGGAUAGAUAUAAACAACAUCCUGAAUAUGUUUUUCGUCUACGACUACUAUCCGAUAGGACAAGAGAUGGCCGACAAUACAAUAUACCCACAGCUUCUGAGGUUGCAGGACUAAUAAUUGGUGAUCUUACUGAUGAAAAUUUCCAGCGAGAUGUUAUAGUAGAACAUCGGAAAAACGGACUUCAAAGAAUCACAGAUUUACACCCAAGAUACAACAAAGACUUAACGAAGCGCACAGUUCUUCUACAAGCUGGUAGACUAUUGCAGCAAUACAUUGUGGAUGGUUACAUGGCAAUUGAAGAAGAAAGAUUUCGUUAUAUUCGGAACAAUCAAAAAAAACUCAGGGCUGAUCUAUUCUCUGGAUUGAUGGAUGCUAUUGUCCGAGGUGAUUCUGAUUGUUCAAUGAUAGGAAAAACCAUUAUCUUGCCUUCUUCACACACUGGGGGACCUCGAUAUAGGGUACAAAAUUAUCAAGAUGCAAUGGCAAUUUGUAGGUGGGCGGGAUAUCCGGAUUUGUUCCUUACUUUCACUUGCAACCCAAAGUGGCCAGAAAUAAAUGAAAUGCUCCGUUUAAUUGGACAAGAGAGUGAUGACAACCGGGUUGAUAUCAUAUGCAGAGUUUUCCAAAUAAAAUUGUUCCAGCUAAUGCAAGAUCUGAAAAAGAAUCAGCCUUUUGGAAAAAUAAUUGCAUGUUUAUAUACAAUUGAAUUUCAGAAAAGAGGUUUACCUCAUGCGCAUAUAUUGCUCUUCCUGCAUCCCACAUUAAAAAGCCCCUCCACAGAUCAUAUUGACAGAAUAAUAGCAGCAGAAAUACCUGAUUUGGAAGUUGAUCCUUACGGUUAUAAUGCUGUUAAGAACUUUAUGAUGCAUGGACCUUGCGGAGAACUGAAUCCACAUUGCCCAUGUAUGAGGCAAGGAAAGUGCACGAAGCAUUUUCCAAAGAAAUUCAAUGAUCGAACAACUUUUGAUUCAGAUGGAUUUCCUAUUUAUAGGAGAAGGAACACAGGUACUCAAGUCAAGAAAAAUGGCGCUAACUUAGACAAUAGAUAUGUUGUCCCUUACAAUAGGGAUUUGCUUGUCAAAUAUGAUGCACAUAUAAAUGUCGAAUUAUGCAAUUACUCAAGGUCUGUGAAGUACCUGUUCAAGUAUGUCCAUAAAGGGUCUGAUAGAGCAACUGCAACUAUAGAAUCUACCAAUACUGGUGCAGAAAAUGAUGAGAUAAAAAAAUAUUUAGACUGCAGAUACAUAUCAGCUACAGAAGCUUGCUGGAGGAUCUUUAAAUUUGACAUACAUUAUAGAAAGCCGGCAGUUGAGCGUCUGCCUUUUCAUUUAGAGGGACAAAACACAAUAAUAUUCGAAGAAGAAAAGCGAGCAGAAAGCGUGAUUAGCAAACCGGACAUAGAAAAAACAAAAUUCACAAAAUGGUUUGAGGCGAACAAAAGAUAUGAUGAUGCACGAGAGCUGACAUAUUCAGACUUUCCUACGCGUUGGGUCUGGAAUGCAAAGGACAAAACAUGGAAUAGAAGGCAAAGUGGGAAGGCAGUUGGUAGAAUUUACUUCGCACAUCCUGCAAGUGGAGAACGUUUUUAUAUGAGAAUGCUGCUUAACUUUGUGAAAGGAAGCACUUCCUAUGAAAGCAUCAGAACAAUAAAUGGAGUGGAGUAUAAAAAUUAUAGAGAUGCAUGCUACGCUUUAGGAUUAUUAGAUGAUGAUAAAGAGUGGAAUGACUGCUUAGCCGAGGCUGCACUUUGGGCGACAGGAAAUGAGUUGAGACAUCUAUUUGUAACGAUACUUAUUUACUGUCAGGUAUCUGAUUCAAGCAAAUUUUGGAAGAACAACUGUGAAAUUUUAUCAGAAGAUAUAACAUCAUUACAGAAGAAGAGAUUUCAAUUGAAAAAUUUACAGUUAACUGAAAAACAAGUAGAAGCAUAUACGUUAUUUGAGAUUGAAACCAUCCUAUUAAAGAUGGGAAAAAGUUUGAAAGACAUAGAUGGAAUGCCGCUACCAGAUUCUGCGUUACUGCGAAAUGUGGGAAACCGUAUGGUCAAUGAGGAGCUAGACUAUGACAAAGAGGAGCUAAAAAUACUGCACGACAAAUCAUUCGCUCUCUUAAAUGAUUGCCAAAAGUCAGCUUAUGAUGCAAUAAUAACAUCAGUUGAGAAUGAACAAGGACGAUUAUUUUUUAUAAAUGGACAUGGUGGUACUGGCAAGACAUUUCUGUGGAAUACAAUAAUUUCCAAGCUCAGAUCACAAUCAAAAAUAGUUCUUCCCAUUGCUACUUCUGGAAUAGCAGCUUUGUUAUUGCCAAAUGGUAGGACCGCUCAUUCGCGCUUCCAUAUUCAUUUGGACGUUACUGUAGAAUCCACUUGUGAAAUAAAACAAGGCACCCAGUUAGCUGAACUUCUCAACAGAACUUCUUUAAUCAUUUGGGAUGAAGCCCCCAUGGCAAAUAAGUUAUGUUUUGAAGCAUUAGAUAAAACGUUAAGAGAUAUCCUGCGAGUCAGGUAUGAAAAUAGCUCUGACAAACCUUUUGGAGGCCUUACAGUUGUAUGUAGUGGUGAUUUUCGCCAAAUAUUACCUGUUAUUCCAAAGGGUACCCGAGAUGAUAUUGUUGAUGCAUCACUAAACUCCUCUUAUUUGUGGCCAUUUUUCACAAUAUACGAAUUGAAGCAAAAUAUGAGACUAUGCAAUGGAAAAGUAAGUGAUUACGAGGCUGAUCAAAUUGCUACUUUUGACAAAUGGUUGCUACAGGUUGGAAAUGGAUCAUUUUACGAUGAUAUUAACAAGGAGCUCAUCAAAUUGCCUUAUGAUGUAUGCAUGAAAUCAUCUAACGACCCAAUCGGAUCGAUUGUUGAGGCAGUUUAUCCAUCUCUCCUACAAAAUUACAGUGACCCAACAUAUCUGAAAGAAAGAGCAAUACUAACGCCAAAAAAUGAUAUGGUACAUGAGUUGAACGAUAGAAUUAUGAAAAUGAUACCAGGUGAAGGAAGAACAUAUUUCAGCUCCGACAAUGUAUGCAAAGCGAGCGUGAACACUAACGAUGAAGAACUGUUGUACCCAAUCGAAUUUCUAAAUAGCUUAACAUUCCCUGGCAUCCCUAAUCAUGACUUACACUUAAAAGUAGGUACCCCAGUUAUGCUUCUCAGAAAUCUAAACCAAACAGAAGGCCUAUGCAAUGGAACAAGAUUAAUUGUCAGGCAUCUUGGAAAUUGGUCUGUCAGCGCAAACAUCAUGUCCGAAAAGAACAUCGGUACGAGAGUCACAAUUCCAAGAAUCAUUAUGUCUCCUAACGAUUCAAAGUGGCCAUUCAAGCUUAACAGGAGGCAGCUCCCUUUGGCGCCAUGUUUCGCCAUGACAAUCAAUAAAAGUCAAGGACAAUCUCUUAACCAUGUCGGCUUGUAUCUUCCGAAGCAAGUAUUCACCCAUGGUCAAUUAUAUGUGGCUGUUUCCCGAGUAACAACAAGAGAAGGAUUAAACAUACUAAAUGCUGACGAGGACGCAGAAGAUCCUACAUUAAUUAAAAAUAUUGUUUACAAAGAGGUAUUCCAAAAUAUACGUCCUAUGGCUGCUGAGACACACGAGGUUGAUGAAGAAUUGAAUAGAGUGAAUGUGACUGUAUAA